AAAAAACCCUGUAAUUCUCUCUCUUCAUCGAGACUUUUUCUCUCUAGUCUGUCUUCUUCAUCUUCCUCGAUCUGCAACUCUUCGCAGCUGCCACCCUCUCUCCUACAUUGCUCGGGUUUUGUCCGUCCUGAAGAUGGUCGGGGGCCUCGAACUUCGGUUAUAGAUGAAGAAAUUUGGUACAAGGGGCGCAUUUAAUUGUUUGUUGGAAGCAAGAUUUUAGGGGACUCCUUGAGCUGAAAUUCAGCUAAAUGGCUCGCGGGAGAAUAAGGGCAAGGAUACGAAGGAGCAAUCUUUACACAUUUGCCUGCCUUCGACCCAGAACCACUGAGGAGGGGGCCCAUUCCCUUGAAGGCCCAGGGUUCUCACGAACUGUUUAUUGCAACCAACCUCAUCUCCAUGAAAAGAAGCCUCUACAUUACUGCAAAAAUCAUAUAUCAACCACAAAAUAUAAUGUUAUCUCAUUUUUGCCCAAGGCUCUCUUUGAGCAAUUUCGACGAGUUGCUAAUAUAUAUUUUCUUUUGGCUGCAUGCCUCUCAGUUUCUCCAAUUUCACCUUUCACACCAGUGAGCAUGAUUGCUCCUUUAGCAUUUGUUGUGGGGCUUAGUAUGGCAAAGGAGGCACUGGAAGAUUGGCGGAGGUUUCUUCAAGAUAUCAAAGUUAAUCGUCGGAAGGUUAGUGCCCAUAAAGGCGAUGGUGUUUUUGACUUGAAGGCAUGGCAGAAGAUAAGGGUUGGAGAUGUGGUAAAAGUAGAAAAGGAUCAAUUUUUCCCUGCUGACUUGCUUCUGUUGUCAUCAAGUUAUGAUGAUGGUAUAUGCUAUGUUGAAACUAUGAAUUUAGACGGUGAAACGAACUUGAAAGUGAAGAGAUCAUUGGAGGUUACCUUGCCUCUUGAUAAUGAUGACGCUUUUAAGGAUUUUACUGGUACAAUGCAAUGUGAAGACCCAAAUCCCAAUCUUUACACAUUUGUUGGUAACAUUGAGUACGAACGUCAGGUUUAUCCCAUUGAUCCUAUUCAAAUUCUUCUCCGAGAUUCAAAGCUGAGAAACACUGACCAUGUCUAUGGGGUGGUCAUUUUCACUGGUCAUGACAGCAAAGUGAUGCAGAAUUCUACAAAGUCCCCUUCAAAAAGGAGCAGAAUAGAAAAGAAGAUGGAUUAUAUCAUAUAUCUCCUUUUCACGGUCCUUAUUUUAAUAUCUAUGAUAAGUUCCAUAGGAUUUGCUAUAAAAACCAAGUUUCAAACUCCAGACUGGUGGUACCUACGGCCCAAGGAAGCUGAGUACCAAUAUAAUCCCAACAAUGCUGCCUUGGCUGGGAUGAGCCAUCUUAUUACUGCGCUCAUUCUUUAUGGAUAUUUGAUACCCAUAUCACUCUAUGUGUCAAUUGAGCUUGUGAAGGUUCUACAAGCAAGCUUCAUCAACAAAGACUUGCAAAUGUUUGAUGAAGAAACUGGGACUCCAGCUGAUGCACGAACUUCAAAUUUGAAUGAAGAGUUGGGUCAGGUAGACACUAUCCUUUCUGACAAGACUGGCACUUUAACCUGCAAUCAGAUGGAUUUUUUGAAAUGUUCCAUUGCUGGUACGGCAUAUGUGCACUCCAGUGAAGUUGAACUCGCUGCAGCAGAGCAGAUGGCUUCUGACUUUCAGGGGCAGGAGUCAGAUCUCUCUAAUUUUCCCAUGCCUCAGAAUAAAGCACGUGGUUUGAGUGACAGUAAUAGAAUAGGUGAAGAAAUUGAAAUGGAGCCUGUUGUUACCUCUAAGAGUGAUGAAAAUAAAAAGCCUGCAAUAAAGGGAUUUAAUUUUGAGGACAACCGGAUCAUGAACUGCAACUGGUUGAAAGAGGCCAAUCCUGAUGUUCAUUUGUUGUUUUUCCGGAUAUUGGCAGUUUGCCAUACUGCCAUUCCCGAGCUGAAUGAGGAGACUGGCAGUUUUACAUAUGAAGCUGAAUCACCUGAUGAGGGGGCUUUUCUUGCAGCUGCCAGAGAAUUUGGUUUUGAGUUUUGUAAAAGGAAUCAAUCGAGUAUUUUCAUCCGUGAAAGACUGUCUCCUUCUGGACAUCCAGUUGAAAGGGAGUACAAAAUCCUGAAUUUGUUGGACUUCACUAGUAAAAGAAAACGGAUGUCUGUAGUUGUACGUGAUGAGGACGGAAACAUUCUUCUCAUGUGCAAGGGGGCAGACAGUAUUAUAUUUGAUCGAUUGGCAAAGAAUGGAAAAACAUAUUUGGAGGCUACUACUAGACAUUUAAAUGAAUAUGGAGAAUCUGGUUUGCGAACACUAGCCUUGGCUUAUAGAAAACUUGAUGAGCAAGAGUACUCUGCUUGGAAUAAUGAAUUCCAGAAAGCCAAAGCAGCUGUUGGGUCUGACCGAGAGGAAACACUUGAACGGUUAUCAGAUAUAAUGGAGAGGGAGUUGAUUCUUGUUGGAGCUACUGCUGUUGAAGACAAACUGCAGAAAGGGGUGCCCCAGUAUGACAAACUUGCACAAGCUGGUCUUAAGAUCUGGGUGUUAACUGGAGAUAAGAUGGAAACUGCAAUCAACAUUGGAUUUGCUUGUAGUUUGCUUCGACGGGGCAUGAAGCAGAUAUGUAUAACUACUAUGAACUCAGAUUCAUUAACCAACGGUGGAAAAGAGGCCAUCAAGGAGAACAUUCUGAACCAAAUCAGCAAUGCCUCACAAAUGAUCAAGCUGGAGAAAGAUCCCCAUGCUGCAUUUGCAUUAAUUAUUGAUGGUAAAACUCUGACAUAUACAUUGGAAGAUGAUAUGAAGCACCAGUUUCUGGGAUUGGCAGUAGAAUGUGCAUCUGUCAUCUGCUGUCGCGUGUCUCCCAAGCAAAAGGCUCUGGUAACAAGGUUGGUGAAGGAAGGAACUGGGAAGACCACUCUAGCAAUAGGCGAUGGUGCAAAUGAUGUUGGCAUGAUUCAAGAAGCGGAUAUUGGUGUUGGUAUUAGUGGAGUUGAAGGUAUGCAGGCAGUGAUGGCCAGUGACUUUGCCAUUGCCCAAUUUCGGUUUUUGGAGCGUCUUCUGGUAGUCCAUGGACACUGGUGUUACAAGAGAAUUGCACAAAUGGUA